CAAUGCUCUUUUCACAAGCAGCCCAGCCAUGGCUCCUGCAGGUUUUGUCAAUGAAGGAAGAGAGAAGUUCUUAUUAUUCCGUCUCCUGGUAACUCAGUUUGGUGCGGAGCUCCGGCGGUGUCUCCGGGGCGGCUGACAGCAGAUCACAAUUUUUUUUUUUCCUGACCGCAGUGCUCCGGAGCCUAAAUGAAGCCCCGAUACCGAUAAAUAAUUCAUUUCCCGGGAGGGGAUCAUCUAUGAUGUCUGCCCAGAUGAGACCUCCAUCUGAACUUGACCAUCGUUAUUUCUUUACCAGACAAGUGAAAUUUAGCGCCAAUAGAAGACUGGCAGUGGAAAGAAGUGAACACGUCACAAAUCCAAAACCGAUCCCAGAAUGUCAUAUCUGGAUGAGGAAACCUCCCGACUUCAGCAUCAAGCUGUACAAGUCACUGGCAUUGCCAAGGAGGUCCGAGGAGUUUGAUAUCGAAGAGAAGAAAAAUGUGACCAAGGACACCAAGCAGUGGAAUAAGCAGGACGUGAUUUCAGGUCCCCUGAACCCCAUACAGCGCCCUGCAAAACCACCUACAAAGUUCUUAACAAAGUUUAGACAUAUUGGUCCCUUCGAGGCCAGCAUUAUGUGUGUUAAAAAAGGCUGUUACCCAAAGGAUAAAUACCAAGAUCCAAAGCCACAUGACUUUAGACAGUAUGAAACAGGAAUCCUUGAUUUUGCUACCAAUUAUCCUCGGGAUCCGUUCAACCUGAAGUUCAAAUUGCAAAGCUUAAGCUCCUCCUAUGAGCUUCCGCCCUUAGAAGAAAGAAAGAAGAGAGGCAAAGUGAAGCAUUUUGAGUUACAUAAACCUGCAGAGCCUGCGUGGGAUGAAAAACUCAUUUUACCGAAAAAUCCCUGGCCACCAAAAUCUGCCUCCUAUACGAGACAUAGACGACAGCGGGGUGUCUACAGCGCAUUUAUGGAUCGAGUAGAAGAAAAGUUCACUGCCAGUAACCAGGAGAAUUUCUCAUUAAGCCCAGUGAGAGUUGGUCCAAGACUAAAGGAAGUACCCUGAAGUGACAGAACAUAAUACUUCAGCUCUGUACAGUCCAUGGGUAACGAGGCAUUUCUGGAUCCAUAGAAUACAAUUUAUAUAAAGGAGAUCUUAGAUGAUAUGGAUGGACAGGACCUUGGUGCUGGUCCACUUACAUCGUUUUUUUGGAACCUUUUAUUGAAGUGAGAACUCUUUGCCUGAUUAUGUGUUGGUGGUCAAUGACCCAGGUGACCUUAUAAUAAGGAGAAGAGAAUAGUCAAU